CUUUGUAGUAGUAGUACGAAACUUUCUUUCCGCCAUUAAUAAAGUAGUUCCCCUCGAACACUAAACUUCCGUCAGAGAUUCUUCAUUUUGUCUCAACUUCUCUCACAAUUAAAGUUGAGCGACUUUUUCAUUUUUCCCAUUUAUCAAUGUAUCAAAAUAAUAACAAAACCCUAAUUUCAUUUCUCAAAUUCAUUUCUCUAUCCAACCCUAACUCAACGCUAAAAAAUGCAUGCUAGAUUUCUUUGUAACUCAUCAGCUGAUUACUCAGAGAAUCGAAACGAAACAGAAUCAUCGUCCCAUCAGAAUUCAUCAUCGUUAUCAUUAUUAGCAGCAUCUUCUUCUUCUCCUUCUUCUUCGUCAUCUUCUUCGUCGGCGUUGAAUUCUCGUUAUACGGAGCUAGUUAUGAAUUAUUUAUGGGUACCUCUAUUGAUUUCACUAACGAAUUGUUUGAAUUCAGUAAAAGCAGCUCAUCAAACGAUUCGAUUUCCAGUAGAUGAUGAGAAUAGUGUUGUACGAUCCGGAGGAAGUUGUAUUGCUCCUGAUUCUAGUUUGUAUUAUAGACCAGUAAUUGGGAUAUUAACACAUCCUGGUGAUGGUGCGUCUGGGAGGUUAAAUAAUGAUAAAAAUGCUUCCUACAUAGCUGCUUCUUAUGUUAAGUUUAUUGAAUCUGCUGGUGCUCGUGUAAUUCCACUAAUUUAUAAUGAACCGGAAGAGGUUCUUUAUGAAAAGCUCAACCUAGUUAAUGGAGUGCUUUUUACUGGGGGGUGGGCUAAAACUGGCUUGUACUAUGAGGUCGUUGAGGGAAUUUUUAAGAGAGUUCUGAAGAGAAACAAUGCUGGUGACCAUUUUCCUUUACUUGCAAUCUGCUUAGGCUUUGAACUGUUAAGCAAGGUUAUCAGCAAGGAUCCUGACAUUCUUGAAAAGUUCAGCGCACAAGAUCAUGCAUCUACUCUUCAGUUCAUCAAACCCACCAAUAUUGAAGGCACUGUUUUUCAAAGGUUCCCUCCUGAGUUGCUACAAAAAUUGACUACAGACUGUCUUGCCAUGCAAAACCAUCAGUAUGGUGUAUCGCCAGAGAGGUUUCAGGAGAAUUCCGCGUUGUGCAGUUUUUUCAGGGUCGUGACUACAUGCACAGAUGAAGACAACCAGAAGUACGUCUCAACUGUACAAGCACACGACUAUCCGAUCACCGGCGUCCAGUGGCACCCAGAGAAAAAUGCUUUCGAAUGGGGAUACUCAACGAUUCCCCACUCCGAAGAUGCGAUUCAAGUUACUCAGCAUGUUGCAAACUAUUUUAUCAGUGAGGCAAGAAAGUCCUUAAACAGGCCACCAACCAGGAAAGUCCUUGACAACCUUAUUUACAAUUACAAUCCUACUUUUUGUGGGAAGGCCGGGAGGGGCUUCGACGAGGUUUACAUAUUCUCUCGAAUGUAAUUGAAUAUUUCUAGGUCGCCUCUUACGAAAUAAUAACUAUGUAUGUACAUACUAUGAAUCUCUCUUGUUAAAUAUAUGCAUAAUGUAAUGUAAAGGGACUGACUACUGAGCAAGUUAUUUGAAAUAUAGAGUUCGAAACUAAAGAUUCCCAGUGGCA